AAUCAACUAUCGCGAACAUCACAUGCCAGCCAGUGACGGUAAGAAUAAUAAUAUUAACCAGUAACCAGUAACCAGUAAUAACCAGUUGGCAACCAGUAAACAGAACCAAACAGUUUUUGCGACUGUUUACAAUUUUUUUUUUUCACAAAGGUUCACUACCAACAAGUCCAUAGUACAGACAAAUAGACAGACAAACAAGAUGAGUGAGGCGUUUGGCGAGAUCAAGUUUGACGAUAUCGAGAUGCUUGAGAUCCCGGACUAUGACUCGACAUCUGAGACAGAAGCCAUAACUGAUGAAUCAUCCAAUGGUGAUGAUAAGGAUACUAUUGGAGGAAUAUUCAGUACUUUGAAGAAUGAGUUGGGAUUGGAUGAUUGGUUGAAUACCGAUAAACCAUUAGACUUCCAAUUCGAUGUAUCGGAAUACAAGUCUAGUGCUCUGUUACAGCAUCCCUUUGCUGAUGCUUACACCAACUAUGUUAAUUCAUUAUUUAAACUCAUUGAAUCAUUAACUUCUAAACAAUCCGAUGAACAAUGGGAUAAUUUCGAAGAACCAGUAGGUUUGAUUACAUCUCAAACUAGUCAAGAGGCAAGAUUAAGAGCCAAAAAUGAAUUCAUAAAUGAAUGCUUUACCAAUAUCAUCGAACAUCUACAAACCCUCUUAGAGGAUCCCUCAUUGGAAUCAACCAAUCCUGAAACAGAUAGUAGAUUAACCAGUACUUUACAUAUCCUUCUUUGUUUACAGAGUAACUAUUUUUAUCUGGAAAUAACCAAUAGACCGGAAUUCCUUUGUAAUUGGGUCAAUUCCAUAAGUUCUAAGCCAAGUGAAGAAUUGUUUGAAACUAUAAUGACAAGUACUCCCAUCCCAUAUUUGCAUCCUCAAUUCUGGAAUACAAUGGUUAGUCAAUUUAUAACUAGAGGAAGAUUAUCAGAAGCAGCAGAAGUUAUAUCUCGUUCUAAAUUUGAAUCCCUUGAAGAAACUUCAUUAGAUUUGUAUAAUUUAAUAUCCGAUUUCAAAUUGUUAUUAGAAAACUAUACAAGUUUUUCAUUAAAGGGACAAUUUGCUGAAUGGAAACUUAAAGCUUGUGAAUUUAGAGAUUCCUUUGUUAAUAUAAGAUCCAAUAUUAUAGAUGAUAAAGAAAAGAUUAUAUUAUCACAAAUUCAUGAUUUAGCAAAUAUUAUUACUGGACUUCCCAAAACAAUUGCCAGUUAUUGUGAUCAUUGGUAUGAAGUAUAUGUUGCAUUUGCAUUAUUUCAAGUAAGAGAUAAUGAAGAAUUAUUUAAAGAUUUUUAUAAACUUGCCUUAUCUGAAAAGCCUGCUCCAGUGUAUAGUACUACUACCACUGAACUUCAAGUAUCAGAAUUUGAAGAGCAAACAUUUGCUAAUAUACUUGAAGAAAACUUUCUUAAAGUUUUAGAAACGCUUUACUUUCUUGAACCAGCAACAGCAGCAUAUGUGGCUAAAUUAUUGGAAAUGAAACUGUACUUUAAUGGGUAUUAUGUUGCCACCUCCAAAGCAUCUAAUCUUAAAAGUUUAGUUCAUAGAAGAACUAUAUCUGAAUAUUUCUUAACCUUGCAUGCCUAUAAGUGUCUUAAUUUACAAGGUUUAAUACCAGUAGGUGUUGGAUUAUUAGUAAAAGAUGGUAUAAUUAAUUAUCAAAAUUCUCGAGUUGCCAAUAAAAACAUUGUGGCAGAAGUACUUCCUAAAUAUAAUUUUAAAACUAAUGAUGAUUUAGAAUGGGCUUUAACUAUUUGUGCCAAAUUAGGUUUAUCAAAUACUGCUAAACAAUUACACUAUAAAUCAGGAGUCAAAUCAUUAACUGAUGGUUAUUUAUUUGAAGCCUUGAAUAGAUUUGUACAUUGUUUUGAUCCUACGGCUGUUAAUUAUUCCAGUGACAAUAAUGCUAUGAAACAAGUUCAUUAUAUUGCAUGGGAUAUUAUAUUUCAAGAUAGUUUAAUCAAUAAUAGACCAUGUAAUGAUGAUUUAAUUAAUAAUAUUGUUGAUAAUAAAGUUGAAAAGACUUUAGAAAUUCAUCCUGUAAUAAGGCAAUGUCUUUCACCAUAUGCUGUUUUAAAUGAAUUCUUUAAAGGGUUAAAAGUGAAAGGGAAUGGACCUAAUCUGUUUUCAACCUAUUCAAAACUUAUUCAUCUUCUUCGAUUUAAUUAUUUACCUAAGAAAUAUUAUCCAUUAUUAUUAAGUCAAUUCUUACCAUUAUUAAGUAAAGAUUCAAAGACAUUUGAUUUACAAUUAUCUGAUUUAGUUAUUAUUAUUGAAUUAUUAGAUACUUAUGAGAUAAAUGUUACAGAAGAAGAAAAUAAAGAAGCUUUAUCACUUUAUACUUAUUGUAUAGAACAUAAAGAAGAAGUACAAGAAGAAUAUGAUUGGAGAAAGAUUUUGAAAGAUGAUGGAGUUGCAAUUCCUCAGAAUUUGAAACAAUUGUUCUUAGCAUUGAGAGGGGCAAUAGUUGCCAAGAUAGGAAAGGUUUACAUAGAUAAUUAGAGUAUAGUAGAGUAUAGCUGAGUUAAGUAGAGUCGUGUAAAGUUAAUUAAAAUAAUAUUAAAUGUACUAUAGAACAAAGAGAAUUUUAGUAAUUUAUUUAUUUAUUUAUUUAUUUCUUUAUAUAUUGAAAGUAAACAAAAUAAUAAUUAUAAUGAUAAUGAUAAUAAAAAUGGAGGAACCCCUCGUAUUUCUAUAAAAAGAAAACACACAACAAAAG